AUGGCUAAAAAUGGUGGCGAGGCAGUGGUUGUGUGCAGCGACAAGAGCAUGGGAAUAGGGAUAACUAUAUGGGGCAUAGACACGGGGGAUCGUCUUCUUCACAUACCAACCUGUGCUUCUGCUCCUCAUGGUCUUGUGUGCCUGAGAAACCAGUUCCUUGUAGCUUCUCAGAUUCACAAACAUGGCUCUGUUGGAGGAGGGGCCAUUUCUAUGUGGCCCUUGAACAAGCCUCAGCAGCCUAUCCGGAGCUACCCACUAGAGGCCAUUGGGCCACUUUCUUGCACAAAGGAUGGUGUAUAUCUUGCAGGUGGUGCUCUAUCUGGAAACGUUUACCUUUGGGAGGUUGCUAAUGGAAAAUUGCUCAAAACUUGGCGUGGACAUCAUAAAUCUUUGAACUGUAUGCUGUUUUCUGAUGACGGCUCUCUUCUCGUUUCUGCUUCAGAUGAUGGGAUGAUAUGUGUGUGGUCUAUGGUCGGUUUGCUGGACAUGGAAGAUUCUCAAAGCUUUCCCUCGUUAUUACAUUAUUCAAUGGAGCAUAAAUCCUCUAUAACUGGCCUGUUAACUACAUCAGGCAGUUCAAAUGUAGUCUUAAUAUCAAGCUCACUUGAUGGCUCAUGCAAGGUAUGGGAUUUAGUCUUGGGAAAACUUAUGCAAACUCAAGUUUAUCCGCUAGCGAUAACUGCAGUUGUUCUUCACCCAACGGAGCAUCUCUUUUUUUCUGGAAGUAUAGAUGGAAUAAUUUUUGUGAACAAACUUGAAAUCAGACUGGUAGAAAAUUCUUUGGCUGCUGCUGAAGAUGAAAAAGCUGUGAUAAAAGGACACAAGGGAGCUGUCACUGCAUUAACCUUCAGUCAAGCAGGUCUGGUAUCUGCAUCUGAGGACUGCACCAUCUGCAUCUGGGAUAUCACCAAUUGGGCAGUCAUCAGAAGAUUCGACCAUAAAAAAGGGGCUGUAACUAAUCUGGCAGUGAUUCCACAGUCCUCAUUGCUUUCUGUGUCAAACCAUCGGAGAGUUUCUAAUGCAUUUGGUGUUUCUUCGCUCAACAAGUAUCCACAGCCUCCCAACUCAUCCAAGGAGAAAAUCCCUCUUCUUUCAUCAUGCCACUUCCUCAAAAGAAACCACACCAAUCAUUCUGGCCAACAAAUAUAUGACACAGAGGAAGAAUUCAGUCCUGCAGCAAUGCAAAUGAAGUUGGAAACAAUCCUAGAGCACCGGAUGUGGGCAACAAGAAUGGCAAAACAUGUGAUGGAGAUGAACACGCAUUUGCAGACACGUUUGUUAGACUUGAUGCAGAGCGGAUUGCGGUCCACGUCUACUGAAAUUGAUUCACCUCCAACAAAAAAGAGAGAGACUCGCAUGUUUGAUGAGAGUCCCCCAUUUCAGGGAGAGGAGCAACCAUAA